AUGUCGUCGCAGCGGAUGGGGCGUCACCAGCGCCGGGCGUCUCAGAGCGUGUUCGCGCUGCCGGAGAACUUCGCGGCCCUCGACGACGUGCCGGCGUCCGACGAGCACCGGAAGGCGGACGGCGGCGGCGCGACCGAGCAGCAGCAGCAGGGGGCGGGGCGCCACCGGCGGGCCAUGUCCAUGGCCGUCGCCUCCUCCAGGGACCUCGAGAUGAUCAAGGAGGACGUCGGCGGCUACAGCCACUACAAGAUUGGCGCCUAG